GCGAUUUUAGGGUCUGUGGAUCGGUCCAGCUUUGUCCGGCUCAUGCCUGAGGCACCAACAGCUGCGGGUGUGCCUUUCCGUUCGACAUCAACACCGAGUCCAUCCCGGAGUCCGGAUAACACCCUCGCUGCCUACGCGAACGGCCCCGCCCUGGAACACCCUGAAUCAAGUUUUCUCGAUAACAUUGGCAUAUCACUUGCAGGAAUCCGAACCUCUGGCCCCUUUGGGAAACGAAACGCCAUUAGGCGUGUCCAUCUCCCCGGUCCGCAUGCAGCCCGAUAUCCUGACGCUGCGUACCCAUUUGUCAUGAACUACAAUCAAAUUACAAUAUGCAUGAUGUCACUGUCUGCCCUACUAUCCCAAUGUGGUGCCAUCCGUUGACGUACGUAUAGACUUGGAUAACCCUAUACUAACAAUGCAAACCUCGAGCUGGGUAGAGCUAAGUUAAUACUCAAACAAUGGGAAGCAAUGAAGGUGUUCGAGCUACUGGCACUCUAUUCGGAUAAUUGCCAACUAGACCAGCUCAUCGAGCGCGGCCUUGAGAUGUGUGGCGGAUGCCACGCUGAUAUGCAUGUCAAAGCGGAGCUCAGCAAGGAUUGACGUGCUGGGAGGAUCGAACAGCGCAUUCAAACAAGACAGACGUACAGAUUAAGGUUAACGCAUGUUAAGAGUCUCUUACAUUGUCAAG